ACAGAGUAUCCCCAAAUUCAGGGAUGGGAUGAGAGAACAGAAAAACAUUCUCCAGGUUCUAAACCCCUAAAAUUACAGUGAAAAAGUAUGAACAUUGGGAACAAAAGAAUCUGAUUAAGUCGGGCGCAAAAACAGUAGGAAAAUUUUGAUUGUUGCUUCCCUUUAACACAAAUUAUAGGGAGUCUGUUGGAGUUGUUGAUAAUCCUAAAGAGCCCGAAGGAGGAACGAAGACAACAAUAGCGGGUCCUCACUUUCAAUCGCCUCCUUUUGAGUUUCCAGAGUUCAAGUCUUGGAGAAGAGAGAUCAUAGGUUUGACCCGGAGCCAAGUUCUUUAUUUGAUUUGCCCUUGGUGUUUGUAUAUAUGUUUUGCCAUCAUUCUGUUACGGUCAAUUGGUUUCAUUGUGUUUAUAGAAAGAUGGAAAAUGCUUUGAAGGUGUUUCAUGAAAUUACAGACUCUCAGAAAGAAAGGCCGUUUCUUUGAUGCUUGAUUUAGCUGCAAUUGGAAAGAAGCUACAUACUUGUUUCAAUCAAACAAACAAAAAAGAACCCCGAGUUAAUGCAAGAAAAACUUAUAUUCCCUUGAUUAUACCAGAACAAACAAAGGUCUCCGCUGCAGUUUGCAUUUUUGUCCAAACAUGUGAUCACUUGGAUUUCAGAGGAGGACUUUUGUGGUUGUGGUAUGGCUCGCAUUGUCUAUUCGAUUUGCUUGGUGUUUCUGUUGAGCUUCUGUAGUGGUUGUAAUGGUCAACAGAACACACUGAAACCAGGUCAAAGUCUAUUAUCUGAAAGUUCAUUGGUUUCUGCAAAUCAGAAGUUCACUAUGAGUUUUCUUGUAUAUGAUCAUGAUUUAAACUGGAGCUACUUAGUUAUAAAGUACAAUGCGAGUCAUAACUAUGCGUGGAUUGCGAAUAGAGAUACACCAGUUGAUUACCCUACUGCAAAUCUAACAUUGGAGAAGAACAAUACUUUGCACAUUACCAGCAAUGAUGAGGAUGCACUGGUGCUUUACUCUCCUGAGUCGGAAACGAUCAAUGGUGAUGUUGUGGCUAUUCUUAAUGAUGAUGGCAAUUUUGUGCUACAGGAAGAGAGCACUAAGAGGGUUUUGUGGCAGAGUUUUGAUUAUCCUGUAGAUGUGCUUCUGCCGGGUAUGAAGUUAGGGGUUAACCGUAGUAAUGGCCACGAUUGGUCACUCUCGUGUUGGUUAUCAGAAAAAACUGCAGAGCCAGGACCUUUCACUCUUGUGUGGGAUGGAAGCCAGUUGAAGAUUAAGCGGCGUGGGACGGUUUAUUGGACAAGUGGAGUUUUACGUGAUGGGAGGUUUGAGAAUAUCAAGCAGAAGUAUAGUUUUAAAACUGUUUCAAAUGAAAUUGAAGACUAUAUCACUUACUCUGCUCUAGAUCAAAAUGGUAUGUCAGAAUGGCUGCUAACCACAAUGGGGAGACUAACAGACUCUGAUGGAAAUGCUGAAAUUGCAAAAGCAGAUUCUUGUUAUGGGUAUAACACUGAGGAAGGAUGCCAGAAGUGGGAUCAGCCAAGUGAAUGUAACCGUUCUGGUGAUGUAUUCCAGCAGUCCAAUGGAUACUUUAAAACAGGAAAUUCUGGCGGCUCUCCAACUGAUACAAAUACAAGUCUCAGUCUUAGUGAUUGUAAGGCUACUUGUUGGGCAGAUUGCGACUGUGUGGGAUUCAUUUUUUUGUUUGCUAAUCAGACUGGUUGUCGGUAUUGGACUGGAAAUGCGGAAUUCGUUGGAGAUCGAGACGCUUAUAGUUCAAGUCUUGUAUAUUAUCUUCGAAUAAAGACACCGGACACGGCGGACAGGAGUUCGAGUAAGUGGAUAUGGAUUGGGGUUGCUAUUUCCACUUUUGUACUUUUAAUAGUGGUUUGCACCAUCUGCUGUAUAUUGAGAAGAAGGAAACUCUUUCUUUAUAGGAAGAAUAAGGAAAAGAUCGAUGAGAAGGAAUUGCUUGACUCAAUGGCAUCUGAUAUAUCAACUUCAAUUCAGACUAAUGGAUCCAUGGGACAUGAUUUAGUGGCAUUUAGCUAUGAAUCUGUCAUGGCCGCCACAAACCACUUCUCCUUACAAAACAAGCUAGGAGAGGGGGGCUUUGGACCUGUUUAUAGGGGAAAAUUGUCAUCAGGGCGAGAAGUAGCUAUAAAGAGCCUUGCAAGAGGUUCGCCACAGGGAACAUUGGAGUUUAAAAAUGAAUUGAUACUGAUAUCUGAACUCCAACAUACUAACCUUGUUCAGCUCUUGGGAUACUGUAUUCAUGGUUUAGACAAAAUGUUGAUAUACGAGUAUCUGCCAAACAAAAGCUUAGACUACAUCUUAUUCGAUGCAACCAAAGGCAUUCUACUAGAUUGGAAAAUGCGUUUCAAUAUAAUUGAAGGAAUCGCUCAAGGACUGCUUUACUUGCACAAAUACUCGAGAUUGAAAGUAAUUCAUAGAGAUCUUAAAUCCAGUAACAUACUACUUGAUGAAGAUAUGAAUCCCAAAAUUUCUGAUUUUGGUUUGGCAAGGAUUUUCACAAACCAAGUUCAAGGAGAAACUGAUCGGAUUGUUGGGACAUAUGGUUACAUGGCCCCUGAGUAUGCUGCAUACGGAAUUUUUUCUGGAAAAUCUGAUGUCUUUAGUUUUGGAGUGUUGAUGCUUGAAAUCAUAAGUGGUAGGACAAACAACAGCUUCCAUCAGCGCGCGCUCACUUUAAUAGGAUAUACAUGGGAGCUAUGGAAAGAAGGUGCAGGACUUGAUUUAAUGGAUCCGAGGCUGAGUGAUUCAUGUAAUAGAGAUCAAUUGCUGAGAUGCAUACAUAUUAGUCUAUUAUGCGUGGAAGAAGAUGUAGAACUUCGGCCAACCAUGUCAGAUUGCAUACUAAUGUUGACCAAUGAAAGUUUUCCAUUACCUGAGAUAGCAAAACCAGCUUUUUUUCCAGUACGCUGUGUGGUUGAAGGUGAAGUUAGUGGAAGCAAAUCAUAUUAUUAUUCAUCAAAGCACUUGUUAAGUUCGUCUCUUAGUCGGUGAUCAUGAAGUAGGUGGCUGAAACAGCAAGUUUUCCUGGCAGAGUUGGGACAACUGAGGAUUUUUGUGUGAUUUGUGUCCCCCUGUACGAGAGAGUUCCUUAACCAUCAACACAUACGUCUUGUGGAUUGUAGUUUGUGACUUAUGUAAUAGGUAAUUGUUCAAUUUGUACAGUAGGAGUCGCAUUUAUUUUGAUAUCUGAUGUUUAUAAUGUAUAUACAAGUUUUGUGUCGAUUGUGA